CAGGCCAAGGAGGGAGAGGAGAAGGAGGGCGAGCAAGACAACGCAUCUUCAUCACAGAUGAAAUGAGAGCAACGGUCAUUGACCACGUCAUUGUCCACGGCAUGACAAUGACCGAAGCUGGACAACGAGUCCAACCAAACCUAAGCCGAUUCUCAGUGGCCACCAUUAUUCGGGCCUUCAGAGAACACAACAGAGUUGAAAGAUUGCCAUAUGCAGGUGGGAGGGCUUCCAGAUUCACACCAGCCCAAGAGGUCGUCAUUGUGGAUAUGGUUCGGGAGAACAAUGUGCUGAGACUACGGGAGAUACGGGAGAGGAUCAUUGGUGACAAUAUGAACUUUCCGAACAUUGACGAUGUUAGCCUGACAACCAUAGACAGAGUCCUCAAGCGCCAGAGAGUACGCAUGAAGCAGGCCUAUAGGGUACCCUUUGAGCGCAACUCUGACAGAAUAAAGCACCUCCGUCACCAGUAUGUGCAAAGGAUCUUCGAGUUGGAGUCCAUGGCCAGACCCCAUGAAUUUAUAUUUGUGGAUGAGGCUGGCUUCAACCUCACAAAAAGGAGGAGGAGAGGCCGUAACAUCAUAGGACAGAGAGCUAUCGUUGAUGUGCCCGGCCAACGUGGAGGAAACAUCACCCUCUGCGCUGCCAUGAGUUCUAGAGGGCUUCUCCACCGGCAUGCUGAACUUGGUGCCUACAACACUGAGCGUCUCCUCACCUUCCUAGGAGAGCUCAGAGAAGUUUUGCAUGACCAUGACCACCCGAACGACCAGCAGAAUCCUGGGCCGGCUGAUCUUCCCAUAUAUGUCAUCUUCUGGGACAAUGUUAGUUUCCAUCGCAGCAUCCAGGUCAGAGAGUGGUUUAACAUCAACCAGCAAUUUAUUAAUGUGUGUCUGCCACCCUACUCUCCAUUCCUAAACCCAAUAGAAGAGUUCUUCUCAUCAUGGCGGUGGAAGGUCUAUGACCGCCAACCGUACACCAGAGAGAACCUUCUCAGGGCUAUGGACCUGGCCUGUGAUGAUGUGGCUGUGGAGGCGUUCCAAGGCUGGGUGCGGCAUGCCAGGGCAUUCUUCCCACGAUGUUUGGCUAUGGACAAUAUUGCCUGUGACGUGGAUGAGGUACUGUGGCCCGACCCAGUCCGACGACGUGAUGCCGCCCAAUGAUUGCAGUGUCAACAUACUGUGUCAAUUUACAUGUACAACGUAGGCCUAAUAAAAGAGAUCGCACCCUGAA